AAUUUGCAGCUGUCAACGGCAAGAAAACAGCAAGGAAAAAAACACGAUAGAAGUUUGUACAAAAAAAAACUUGCAGCCGAAGUAAAAACAUCAGCCGAAUCGGUACAGAUAGGAAAAUUUACGUUUCGAAACUUUACAAACAUUCGAUGGCGAUCAUAAAUUUAAACAGUUUGCUGUAAUGAAACGUUGAGUGCUAGGCGCAGCGUGUGCAACGAGCAGAGGAAAUAGCCAAUCAAUGCCCUGGUUCAAUGUGUGUGCCGAUGCCAAGGUCAGAGUCGAAUGUUGAAAAAGAAAAUCUAAUCGUGCGUUCGGUGUAAACUGGAAAGCCGCGAAUUCGGUGCUUGCAAAAUGGUUCGAAGAAGGAAAGCGUAAUAAAUCAAUGUAUUCACUGGAGGAGGCUUUUUGCUGCAGCGCUUCGACAUCGUCUCAAUGGAACCGUCGUACCCGUGCUAAGGUGGAUCAGCUGAAACGGCCGUACAGCAAUCGUAGUAGUGGCAAGCGACGCAGGAAACACGAAGCGACAACACCGGCGCGGUACUGCACCAUCCGUAGCGUUUGACCGUUUGGCUGUGGUAUCCCAUUUCGGUUGCUCCAUUUGCUUUUUCCCUGCUACUGCGUCUACUGAUGCAAACAGCAUCAUCAUCAGCUCGAUAGAGAGCGCUCGUGGAUGACGCAGCAUGGAGCUACAAUAAAUUAGCCUAGCAAAAAUCUUACCACCCAACCAGCACGCUCACUCGCUCGUGGUCCAGCGUGAGGAAGAUUAAUCGCGUGAAGGGAAGAGUGCGCUACACUCUCCACAACGGUGGCAGCAUUAGGUGAUUGUAGAUCUAGUAGAAUUAAAGCGCCAUUGAUAAGGGCACGCUAGAAAAAUCCAGACCAUUUGGACGGGGUACAUUCCGCGACAGAAGACGCGCUGAUCGUACAACUGAAGCAAACACUGUUUAUACACACAACCGGCGGAACGAACCAAACACCGCCACGAGUCAAGAUGCCGUGCUAUAGUUUAAGAAACAUCAUAAAAUAUCCGCGUGCCGUACUGCGGACGAUUCUGGUGGUGGCCAACAACAUCUACUGUGUGCCGACGUAUCUGGUGUGGAUGUUUUUGCUACUGCCAUUAAGAAAGAUUCACGAAACUUACUACUAUCGCAUCGAAGGCAUAUUAUUCCACUGGCUGCUCGCUAACGUAUCCAUGUGGUCGUGGACGGCCGGUUACGAAGUGGUGGAAAUGGGUGACGAUAUAACGACGGCAUUCGAUAAGCGCACGUUGGUGCUGGCAAACCAUCAAAGUACCUCGGACGUACCGCUGCUGAUGGCGGCUUUCAACGCAAAGAAGGGCAUCCUUCCGAACAUCAUGUGGAUCAUGGAUCGGCUCUUCAAGUAUACCAACUUCGGUGCUGUAAGUCUUGUUCAUCAGGACUUUUUCAUUGCAUCGGGUAAGAAAAAUCGCGAAAAAUCUCUACAGCAGCUCAAAUCGCACAUACAACAAUGUUACGUGCCGAGAAAACGAAAGUGGAUGGUACUAUUCCCUGAGGGUGGUUUCUUGCGCAAAAGAAAGGAAGUCAGUCAAAGAUUUGCAGAGAAAAACAAUCUACCAGUAUUAAACAAUGUCACCUUACCGCGCGUGGGUGCUAUGAAGGCGAUCAUGGAUAUGCUCGGGGCACCAAGUGACAUGAAUGUUUGCUCUUCCUACUCCUCCACAAAUACUCCACAUGUGGACAGUGUGGUGGCGCAGGAUGCGGUUAAACAAUCGGACAGCAACAGCACUAUCAUCAGUAGCAAAGCAAUAAACAAGGAAGACGAUGACUGUGAUACCUGUAAGGAUGCGACGUACGCAAUGCUGAACGGGCAAUCGGGUGGCUGCAUCGAAUACGUACUAGACAUUACGAUCGCGUACCCACAAGGCACUCCACUAGAUUUACCGAACAUCGUGCACGGUAUGCGGGAUCCCUGCCAGACGUUUUUAUUCUACAAACUUUACCAUAGUUCGGAGGUACCACGUGAAAGUGAAUCCCUCACCCAGUGGUUGUACAAUCGAUUUUACGAGAAGGAGAAACUGCUCGAAGAGUUUUAUCGCACCGGCACCUGGCCGGCCAGCUGUAUCAUUCCGCCAACGGUCGUGCAUCAGGACUUGCUGCGGUUUUUGCUGAUACAUCUGUUUUUCGUUACCUCGACGUAUGUGCAUCUGCAGCUCAUUUUAAUGUUGAUCAACUACACGAACGUCAUGUGCGUGUACAUGCUGAGCUAAACAUGGACGUCUACGCGUGUUCUCCACUCUCUAAUCUCGCACCAGAGCAAGGGCAGAUAAUGGCAAACGGCAGCUCUACGAUGCGCGACAUAUAAAUCAAAUCCCCCAGGGAGAGUACAUGCUUACUUAAUGGAACGGAGGAAAGAAGCAACGGAGGACGUACUGAGUAAACAAAAACCUGCAAAAGCAAACAAACUCUAAGUCGCACCAAGUGAUGGAGACACACAUUUGCUAAAUUAUAAGUGAAAAAGAAGCAUCUAAUCGUGCUGAUGUUACCCUAUUCUAGUGUAAAUGGUUGUAGUGUUUAAGCGUACCCAGGAUAACGAAGAUGUCGGAAGGGAACGACCCAAAACGUUCUGCUGCUGCCGUUUGAUGCUGCUUGUAACAACACUUACCGAGACAGCAGCGCAUCAUUUCGCAAUAAGAUGAAGCAAAUCAAUACACCUAUUGGUUUAUUGCAUCUUUCUCCUUCAGCCGGCGUUCUAGCGCCAUGAGCUUGCACCUUUCCUUCGUAAUGCAGCGACGUCGGAACAAGGUAGCGUUGAAACGCACACAAUAUACAAACAAACAAACAAACAAAACCCAUUACUGAUGAUGAUAGGCGGCACAAAGUGAGGUGAUGCGAGUGGUGAUGGCAUCACACUGUGUUAUAAAGUAGGUGAACCGUUAGUAGUAACGAUGCUAUCUUUAAUGUAUAUCCAAACACAACAGACAAACAAAACAUUCAAAUCAGCACCAGGAAACCGAACGCCCGCUAAAUAUCCUGUACAGUAAAGUGAAUGCACGUGAAUUGCGGUAUGACACGUUUUGUGGUGUGUAGCGGUAUAUAAGUCAGUCUCUAGUUUAAGUUUAUCUACACGAGUCAGUGAUUAAGAGCUAGCGAUACUUUACAGAAUAAUUCAACCUCCCCCUCUUAUCAUCCCCAGUAGGACGUAAGCACAGUCAACCGUCAACUGGUGUAAAAUGUUCUAAAACAAAUGUAAGGAAAUUGUUUUCAUUUUCCUCCACGUUUACUACUUCUCGGUCGGUUAGAGUUAGGAUUGAAACGGUUUUGUUUUGUUUUUUUUUUAUUUCUAACUACACCGCCACGGCAGCACUGAUUUAAUGAGCGUAAAUGUACUGAAAGUAGUGGAAGAGUGUGUUUUACUGUAUUGUACGAGCUUUCAAAAAAAAACAAAACAAAAUCGCAAAACGAUCGAUGCGUGACGUGAAUAGUUGCGUAAAAAUCGGAUAAAUGUAGAAAACUGUUUAAAACAGGUGUUAUACACAAGGCUUUAAGUUAGAUAGGUUUAACAGUUUCUUUCCAGUUCUUUCCCUUAGUGCACAAUCCUCGCGGUUAGGUUAUAGUGAGCGAGUUUAAAAGAGAGAGAGAGAGAGAGACACUUGAGGAUGUUGAUCGCAAGUACCAAUUGCGAUUGUAAAUACUAUACACAUGGCAGUUUGAAUCCUUCUGUUUCCUCUCCCCGUAGUACGCCGGUAUCUAUAUACACUAGUAAUUAAAAGACCGAUCCUGCCCCUACUCCUCUGCUCCCCCUCUGUUCCCUCUUUAUCUUUCUCCUCAAUCGUGUAUUAAGGAACUAUUUAAUCUAACUGUCCCAGCAGAAACACUGUUACAGGCAACAGGUACAGGAUAGAUGGAUGAGAAUGCGUUUGAAAGUCACAUGGCACAGAAUAAUUUUCACUCACGUGUGGGUCCUUUAUUACCUUUCGCGUGGUACACCUGUUUGUGUGUGUGUGUGUUUGUGUGAGUGAAGAAAAAAAAAACGGAUCCUGUAAGGAAGUAGUGUCCUGCCCUUUGUAAGGAAUUAGCAUUCGUGCGUUAUUUAGUGUGUAUAAAUGUAGCACAAGUUCCGUUUAAAUGCGGGUCACAGACACAGCCAGGGGAUUUUUUUUUCUUUAGCCAGAGCGCGCGGUACUUCACACACGGCGCCCCCCCUUAUAUUCGUUUGCUCAUUUUCUACAAUUAGGCACCGGAAUACACGCGGAAUGCAGUUUACUGUGUCCUCAGCCAGCCUCUCUCCUCUCUGUGCGUGUGGCGAAUGAUCGGAAUCCUACGGUUACCGGUAGCGUUUGCUUCGAUUACUUUUUUUCGAAUAGAAGAAAUACGACAGUAACCGGAAACAACUGUAUGAAGAAA